AUGACCUACAUGCUUGCAAAUAAGAAAGAAGGACAUCAUGUGCACCUCGGGUACCGACAGCGUAAGCUGGUGAUCCGGGCCUUAAAGCUGGACCGGGUACUAGAGCUUGUUCCUCGUCAGAUAUUUGGCAGUGACCUUCAGAUGGAUCUGCCUAGUUCUUGGACCGAGAGGUGUGUUCACUGGAUUGACAUUGAUUCCAAAAUCCUGGAGAUUCGCCGCCAUCCACGGAUCUGGAAAAAGAGUAGUUCGACCUUAGACUUCACCAGUCGAAGAGCGCAACAUCGACAAGCCUUUCUGGUUGACCCACAUAGCAGACUAUUCCAAACUGUGGCCCAAAUUUUCCAUCACUUUGAAGAACCCCAUAUGUUAACGGUCAUACAACCUUUCCAUGGAAGCUUAUGCGUGGAGUUAAAGCGCAUGGACCUCACAUUCCAUGUCAACCGGAAACGGCUCUUGCAGUGUCAACAAUUAUUCGCAGAGGUAGAUCCAGACCAGGACCCAGGGACUGUCUACAGGCUCCGGAGCAUGAUUGUGCUUCGAAACGUAUUCAACCGAUUGCAAAGAAGUGUAAUCACCACCAUGGGUAACAUACAGUACCAACGCCAUGACAUGCAUGUGCUCGUAUUUAUCGAGAACACCGGAUCCUAUGCAAGAUAUUCAAUCGAUGACGUGCUUCGACGGCUGAUAAGUCCACCGCAGCCUCGUCUUCUCUACCACAAAGCGCAAUUACAUGCUUUCACUUCCUGUUUCAUUCAAGAUCCCCUUACAGGUCGUACAGGAACCGAGGAGGCUCUCAGUUCUCUACAAUCAGGGCUCUAUAAACCUUGGGCUCCUUUGAGUGCUGGAACUAUCGAUAUACUUCUCAAGAUCUCGAGUCUGACUCCCCAGAGAGAGUAUUAUCUAAAGACCCAAAAGCUUCAGCAAUCUGCACACUGGGAUCCCGACCUCACCAUAUCUAUUCAAAAUGAUUCCUACGAGCCGGAGGUAAGUGGCCUUAUAUUUAAGUCCGAACAGCUUGCGCUAUUCCACUUUGAUGCUGCCAAUCCAAAUGUGGCCCCUCGAUCUGCAGAGUCUCAUCUUCAGGAACGGUCCCGUUGGCGACGAUCCCUUUUCGAGCGAAAUGGGACUCCCAAUAUAUCCCUUGAUCCCCCACAGGAUGCUCUGUACAUUGCUCGGGAUCGCUGGCGUAUCUCUAAACGUACUUCCAACGUGCGCGAAAUUGUAUUUUUGCUGCACCGGCGACCAUCGAAGCUCCGAACAAUAGAAAAUCUGAUCAAAAUAUUACGAAAUUCGCCUAUCAUCGGCGGAUAUACUAGCUCGCUAUCAGGAUCGCUACAAGAGUGCCUGAGCAUUGAUUUGGCUCUUGAAUGGGGCAGCUUGGUCUAG